UCGUUUGCGCUGCCGCAUGUCGGAAGAAAAGGAAGCAUAUAGAAGGCCUAUCCAUAUACACCGUAUAUAAAUCAGUGCACACGCGACGAUCCCAGCUAAUAAUUAAGUCCCAAUAAGCUGAAGAGCCUCUCGUGUUUCGUGAUUUGUGUCCGGGUUCAAAGUGGAUCGCUGUCCAGUCAUCAAAUUCCCAUAAAGUGGAGCGGAGUGUGCUCUCGACAAGAAUAACAAUACAAAUUAAGAAAGUUGAUCAUGCAUCAUCCAAGCGUAUAAGUCACUCGCUUAAUCCAAUAAAAAUUCAAAAAGUUUAAAAAGUGCCUGCGAAAGGCUCUAAAACGGCAAGAACAAGUGAAAAGCGCUGCGAUUCUAUGAGUUUUGUAAACAAAGAGGCGACCAAAGUUGAUGUGUUAAUGCUGCCGAACAGAUAGCAAUCAGCCCCAGCCAACAAAUCAAAAGUGAAACCGAAAGAAAUAAGCAACAAAUUCAAUUUAAAAGUAAAUUUUAAAACCAAGUAAAAAAGAAAGAUGGCCAAAUACUUUAUAACCCUGGUGCUGCUGGUUUGCCUGGCCCUGGAGAACAGGAAUGUCUAUAAUAGGCUGCACGCGAGAUCGCAUCCCAGUUCCCGGGCGGACAUCCUGCGUCCGCACCCGAAGCACCAGUCGCAUCCGCACGUGCAGCACACCUCGCAGCAGCUGCAGCUGCAGCAGCAGCACCACAUCCGCCAGCAGCGAUCGCGCCAGCUGAAGAACCUCGAACCGGAUCCCGCCGGCGAGGAGGACGAGGCACCGAUCAGCAAGCAGGAGUACUACGCCCGCCUGCGGAGCCACGUCAUCCAGAAGAGGCAGCACCUCCUGGAGCAGGAGCUCAGCUACAACCGGCCGCCGGGGGAGCAGCUAAAGGUGCCGCGCCUCUGGAACCUGCUCAUGGAGCAGGAGGAGAAGGCCCACCGCCACCAGAAUCCACCAGAGUCGGAGGAGUUCCCCCUCAUGUUCGGCGACGCUCCCGAGGGAUCCGCCUUCUCCUCCGAGGAGCAGUUCGAGGACCUUUCCCCCCUGGACUUUGUGCGCAACGAGCUGAUGGCCGGGGAGCAGAAGAACCUGGAGGAGAAGGACCCCGAUGCGGAGCUGGAGCCGCAGGUCCCCGAGGAGUCCGAUAUCCCGAUCGGAGAGAGGAACAUCACCAUCUCGGUGAAGCCCCGCGGCGGAGGCGGUGGAUGCCCCAAGUGCGAGAGCAGUCGCCAGGUGGAGCACAUCACCGAGGAGCAGCUGACCCACCUGCGCAUCGAGUUCGUCAAGCAGCAGAUCCUCGAGAAGCUGCGCCUCAAGGAGAGCCCCAAGGUCUCCGCGGUGGAGCUGCCCAAGCCGAUCUUCGACGGGAUGACCCUCUCCCAUCCCGACGACAGCACCAAGAACAAGGAGCUCGACGACUACUAUGCCAGGACCAGCAAGAAGUUCAUCCUGCUCAACAGAGAGGAGGUCGAGUGCAGUCGCCUGGGAGGAGGCAAGUCGAACCCGUCCAUGUGCUUCAGCUUCAAGAUCGACGACGCGGAUGCCGAGGGCUUCGAUGUGAGCACCGCGGUGCUGUGGCUCUUCAAGAACAAGCAGAACCGCACCCAGGACGGAUCCGUGAACGGGACCAGCUCCCAGCAGACGAUCGUGGUCUCCGAGGUGCAGGUGGACCAGCAGAAGGACUCCAAGUACUUAACGGCGGCCAAGACAAUAGCCAUCCAGUCGGUGAAUGCGCAAGAUGAUGAGUGGAUGAAGAUCGACAUCGAGUGGCCCAUCAAGCACUGGAUGAGCGGCCACGAGCUGAGCCACCUCAUCCAGAUCUCCUGCGGGGGCUGCGACGUCACCGACAUGGAGGAGCUGAUAUCGGUGGACAAGGACUACCGACCCUUCAUUGUGAUCGACAUGCAGAACCGCCGCCGGAAGAGCCGCCAGAAGCGCAGCGUCAACUGCUCCAGUGGCAUGACGGAGUGCUGCAGGGAGCACCUCUACAUAUCCUUCAGGGACAUCGGCUGGAGCAACUGGAUCCUGAAGCCGGAGGGCUACAACGCCUACUUUUGCCGCGGAUCCUGCAGCUCGGUGGCGAGUGUUACGCAAGCCGCCUCCCAUCAUAGCUCCAUAAUGAAAAUUCUCUCCACAAGCGGUGCUAACAAGUCGCUGGAGUUGGUGCCCUGCUGCACCGCCAAACAGUAUUCCUCGCUGCAGCUGGUCGUGAUGGACUCCAGGAACACGGCCACGGUGAAGACCCUGCCCAACAUGGUGGUCGAGUCCUGUGGCUGCAGAUAGUCCAGAUGAUAGUCCUUUCCCACCGCACUUCGGAGGAGGCCAUCGACCAAGUUACCAUUUACAUAUCGGACAAAUUAGACCUAGACUCGCACCAUUUCAGCCAGCUUCCAUUCAACUACAUUUCUCUUCAAUUAAUUUAAACUCAUUUGCAAAGCAUUUACAUUAGCGUUAGCGAUAUUAUUUAAUCGUAAUUAUCUGUAGUGCCUGUGCUGCCACUAGUUGUAGUCCCAAGCUAAAGUCAAUGUACUUAAGCACUCGAAGUAUGUAGGUAGUUAGCAAAUAGCUCCAAUUAAUUUAAUAGCGUGGGCAAGCGCUCUACUGUUACUGUAAUGUAAUAAUUUCCGUCGUUUAAGUAGCUUUUUUCGAGUUAUUGGCAGAGAAAAAAUUAGAUGAAACCGGAAAAUAAAACAUACAUAAUUGAAUACUUAAA